GAAUUUCUAUCACUCAAAAUAAAGCGAAAAGCUUGGUCAAUUCUGUUUUAAAUGUUCCCUGGCUUGUUGUCUAUUUCUAGGUCACGAGCUUUAAAACACAAGAACCAUCAUGAUUUUUUCAGUGCCCCACUUGAGUGAGAGCCAAGGUGAGAUUCUUGCUGUAGGCCAAACGCUGACAGCGUGAAGGAGCUGAGACUCGACGAGGUUUUGAUACGAUGCUUAUGUUGCUGUAGCUGGGGGCAAUUAGCACGUGAGCGGACUUUGCGAAAAGAGAGACAGUUGAGGUUUCACCUUUCGAUCACCAAUCAAAGUCGGCGACCUGGUCCACUCCAAGACAUCGAAUCUUCAGCAGCAAAUUGAUUGCUGUAAUAUAGUCUUGAAUCAUCAUGGAUACCUUUCCCAGAACUUGAAAUCUUCGAACAAACAAUAUAUAAAUUUCAUACUAUAUUAAAUCGAAUCCUGCUAAGCCCUCCUGGAGUUGUGCUAUGACGAUUGAGUAAGAGUUUGGAAAUCUUGUUGGUCGAAGACUAAGAGAAUUUAGGUGUUCUUUGUGAAGGAGAGCCCACCAUCAUCGUGAUCAUAAGCGUUUCAUCAGAGGCUUGGUCUCUGUCUGUCUGGUGCAGAGAGAUAGACAACAUAGAGCAAUAGAUACCCACCGAAGCUUGCUGUUACUCCAUGACAUGCUUCUAGUGCCUGUUUCGCCAUCGCAGUAUCAUGACAUCCACUCAUGUUCAGAGAACAAGGUUGAUCGUUCAAAAUCUAGACAAGAAUCAUAAUUCAUCUGCGCAGAAUCUCGCAAAGCAAGGGGACUCCGAUGACAGGUCCUGUCCUCGACGACAACGCCAGAGCUGGUGGCCAAAAUCGGAUCAAGCCGCUCGGGACAGGGAUAUAAUGGAAUAUUCAUCAUCUAAAGGAAUAGCUGGAGUUAAAUUCGAAGACAAGAAGGGAUUGGGAGGUUGCAGAGUUCAGUGAUUCUGGGUGCAGGACUUGUUACGUGUACACUCUAUGUAAUUUUGUUUCAACAAUCAGCAGCAGAUGUAUCCCUCGAGAAGUUAUGACAGAAAAUUAUCUUGGAGAGCAAGGCAGGCAGUAUUUCUUCCGCUCGAAAGUCGCACCUCUCGAUCAGAUUCUGGGGAGGAAUUGCAGAGGGUUCCUGCACCAUCGUUUGAUUCCUGUCUUGACGGUUGCAUUGUGUAUCCAAUCAUGAUUUGUACAGUAUCGAGCUUACUGAUGUUCAGAAGUUUUUCUGCUUACCAUGUGAAGCAGGACUAUGAAGUUCAAUAGAACUUCAUUCCGGGUUUGCUCUAUGUCAAAGGCGUGUACUCUCAUUGUUGCACUAUAAAUUUCUUGGAUAAUCAAUUCAGCCUUC